AAACAAGUGGAACGUUGUGUGGAGCGGACGUCAGUUCUCCUCGAAUGUGAAAGUUUUGUUUGGGCUGUCAGUUGAGUGAAGUUUACAGAUGGUGCGGACCGGCCACGGAAUGGAGACCACAUUUUAUGACGAGCAGUAUCCCUUGAGUGGACCAGUUGAAAAUUUGAAAAGGUCACUAACAUUGGACUUGGAGUUCGGUCGGGGGAGAAGAACACGAAACGGUGCACCCGUACUGUCGUCGCCGGACCUACAGCUGCUGAAGCUGGGCUCGCCGGAGCUUGAAAAGCUCAUCAUGCAGAACGGCAUGAUCACGACGGCGACCCCUACGCCCGGCGGCGCCGUGCUAUUCCCCCCCGCGAUGCCCACGGAGGAGCAGGAGAUGUACGCGCGGCCAUUCGUCGAGGCGCUCGACAAGCUGCACCACGGCGAACCCGCGCCCGUCGCGCCGCGCCGUGUCUACGCAGACCUCGACCGGCCGCUAGAGCGGUACCCCACACCCGUCGUCAAAGACGAGCCCCAGACCGUGCCUAGCGCGGCAAACUCGCCGCCGCUCUCCCCCAUCGACAUGGACUCCCAGGAGCGGAUCAAGCUCGAGCGCAAACGGCAAAGGAAUCGGGUCGCCGCGUCCAAGUGCAGACGGCGUAAACUGGAACGCAUAUCAAAACUAGAAGACAAAGUGAAACUGUUGAAGGGCGAGAACGCGGAGUUAGCACAGAUGGUUGUGAAGCUCAAGGACCACGUCUCGAGGCUGAAGCAGCAAGUGCUGGAGCACGCCAACGGUGGCUGCCACAUCGACACCCACUUCUGAGUCCAGAGCGAGUAGCGGAGUCGCCGAGGCUCCCUCACAUUCCAUGCUAGUCGCGCCCGCCCGGACGCAACAUACAAAGCGAUUUGUGAUCUUAAUUUUAUCGUGUAUUAUAUAGUUAGCUCUUAGUGCUAAGGUGAAGUUAAGGAAAAAGGAUGCUAUAUUGUGUUAAUUAUGAUGCAGAACGUUCGCUUGUUGAACCACGGGAGUCGUACAUAGCCUACAGCUUCCUUUGUAAGUCGCUGAAUUAUUGUUUUCUUUGUAUCAGUAUUGCGUUGUCUCAUUAUGAAUAGUGUAGAAACUAGAAAGGAUAAUCGUGCACGUCAUUGGACUGCGAACAGUGCGAGUUGGUGCGAUGUUGCCGCUUUUAUGAUAGUAUUUACCGCUCACCGCAAUGUCAAACGUAUCGAUAUUGGGAUUUCCAUAAUCCAUUGUUCACGUUACAAAAUAACCGAGCGGAAAGUUUAUAAUGUUUGUUAUUGACGAUGUGCAUAUAUGCAUAAUUAUGUAUAAAGAGAGGGAAAAUUUGAGUGCUAAUUUGGUGUAAGUGUGAGAGGGACAGUGAUAAUAGUGUUGGCAACAUCGCAUCCUACAUGUACGAGCGGAUGUUCUGCUAAUUAAAAUUCCGCCUGCGCCGCCCUCGCGGAAUGGUGGCCAUGUGUUCGGCAAUCGUACGUUCCGUAUCACGUUUUGUUGCACAAGGUUGGCUGCGCUCGGCGCCUUGAAGCCUGACGAGAGUUCUUUGAUGACAAAAAGCUCGUGUGAAAGACUGAUUGUAUGUGAGGAGUUGUGAAUGUGAAACAAAUGUCUGAUGAUGUCGAAUGUGUGAAAUGACCCGGUGCUCUUUAUUGGUCUUGUAACGCGAGGCCGUCCGUCAACGGUCAAACGUUGAAGUAUAGAAGUGUAUGACUGGUUAUGUAUUUAUUAGUGAGAAAGUUUAAUAUUAGGAUCAAGUAGCAAUCUCGAGUGCCUACGCUUUUUAACGGAAGCCUAUUUUAUUGUUUUUGUUACCAUAACGGUUUACAGUGAACAACUGUACCAAUUUUAUAAGUUACUAUAAGUAUACCAUCUAACAUGUUGAAUUGUUAUUGUAUUAUGGGAUCUUGUCACAUUGUUGAAUCACUUGACAAGUGAACUGUUUAUAUUAUUUUUAUAUACAGAUUUCAGAAUGUUAACAAUAAUUUGUAAGUAUAAAGAACAGUUAUAGUAAAAAUAAUAUAUUUCUAUAAAUUUAACAAAGUCUAUUGUUUUAUACAGAAGUAUUGUAUGACAGAGGGUAAUAAAGUGAAAAUUAUUAUACCAUA